GUCUUGAUCACGCGAGUACCUGCUACGAGCUCGCCUAUCGAUAGAGCGAAGGUUCUGGAGGAGAAGAUCAGCUCAGUGUAUGCCGGACGUAGUGUUCAUCUCAUUGGUAUGUCCGUCGCUACUUAUGUGAACCGCAGGGUUUCGCGCUUUUCAGGUCACAGCAUGGGUGGACUAGAUUGUCGCUACCUAGUUACGCACUUGAAGAAACGCAAGUUUAAGAUCCUCUCGAUAACAACUAUUGCCACCCCUCAUCGUGGCUCUUCCUUUGCUGACCAUUUCCUCAAAACGGUCGGCCAAGAACGUAUGCCCUCGGUACUCUCCCUUCUUGACCUGCUACCCAACGGUGGCGGAGACGGCAAGGCAUUCGAGUUCCUUACGGUUGGCAAUAUGCGCAAGUUCAACGAGGAUACUUCAGAUGUGCCCGGCGUGAAGUACUACAGUUGGGGCGCAACCUACGAACCUGGUUUGAUUGAUACUUGGAAGUGGUCACACUCCGUGAUCUUCGAGAAGGAAGGGCCGAAUGACGGACUGGUUUCUCUGAAGUCCGCACGAUGGGGGACGUAUCUUGGCACCCUUGAAGAUGUCAAUCAUCUGGAUUUAGUCGGCUGGGUCAACACCGCGCGGUACAAAUGGGCCCAGAUCAUAGGUCGUGAGAUCAAGUUCAAACCCGCAACCUUCUACUUAGGAAUAGCGGACCACUUGGCACGAGUGGCGGAGGAGCAGGAACAUCCGCAGGAACAGAUCUCGCCAGGAGAGCGUUAUGGGAAGAGUCCAAAGGAGCGUGCAGAGAUGGAGGAGAUCCGGCAAGAAGGAGAACGAGCCGAGAUGGCAGAGAGCUUGGAUAAGGCGCAGAAAGAUGAGAGCCGAGGACAGUCAUCGAAGGUGCUACACAAGCAGGAAAGCUCGCGACAAUCUGGCAAGCGCAGCUGA